AUGGGUGGUGCACUAAAUAUCAGCUCGGAAAUCUACGGCAAAAUGUUGAAGACGAACCAAAUAUUUAGCGCGAAUUCUAAGACUUCUACUUCAGCAUUUACUUCAGUUUCUAAGACUUCUAAGAGAAGCGGCGUAACUAUUAAAAAAAUCCUGCCGUACCUAAUACAUCGGAAGAAGGAUAAGGUAAAGGAAAUGGAAACUCAAUUUUCGGACUCUCAAUCUCCGGCUCCGAGUCCACCGAGGAGUCGCCCAUUCCUGAACGAGCAAACUCUGUCCAUAAGCAACAAUGAUCCAGAAAGCUUCCACUGUGUAAUGGGACCGGUUUUAGUGAUGGCUCAAUUAUUUGGAAUUCUACCGGUUUCUGGAAUACUCAUGCCGAGUCCGUUGCAGAUAGAAUUCGUGAAAUUUUCGGUUCGUACCAUCUACUCCGUUUUCAUAAAUGGGAUGGUGUUAUUUAUGGCAAUAUUGUCGAUUAUUCACAUGAUAAAAACGCUAAACUCCACAACUUUUGAAGUGCAAGGAGGCAUAGCAACUGCUACGGCAGGCGCGAUAUUUUAUGCGAACUGCGUGAUGGGCCUGAUAAUAUUUUUCUGGCUAUCGUCGCGAUGGGUGAUUCUUCAACGUGAUUGGAGAGCCAUGGAGCUGUUCAUAGAUAGUAACAAAAUGAAACGACCAAAGCUCCGUUGGAAACUCCACUUAAUAGCUGUUUCCAUUCUGUUUGUGGCUCUUAUUGAACAUAUCUUGAGUAUAUUGGUGCAUACCAAAAAAUAUGACUGGAGCGGCAAAUCGGACAAUGCGACGUUUCUCAAUUUUUUAGAAAUUUAUUGUAUGUCUUCUCACGCCUUUAUAUUGGAGAUACUGAAAUAUAACUUGGCGCUUGGUAUUUUCAUUUUUAUCGUCAGCAAACUGGCGACUUUUACGUGGAAUUUUACUGAUGUUUUCAUCGCAAUGGUAGCUACCGGUUUGGCUGAAAGAUACAAAACAUUGAAUAAGUACGUGACUAGUUCUGUAUUGAAACAUCGACCGAUAGACUGGUCUGAAUUGCGCGAAGAUUAUGCUACUCUUAGUUUCAUGGUGAAAAAAGUGGACAACGAUAUCUCACCUAUAAUUCUCUUAUCAUUUGCAAACAAUCUUUACUUCAUCUGUUUACAGCUAUUGAACGGAUUGUCAAAAUCAGACGAUGGCAUAAUCAGCGAUAUAUACUUCUUCGAGUCCUUUCUAUUUCUGAUCGGCAGAACGGUGAUCGUCACCCUGCUCACUGCUAGGAUUUACGAUCAAAGCAAAGUAAUAUUGCCGAUUUUGUUUAGUUGUUCAGCAUCUACUUAUAACAAAGAGACAGAAAGGCUGCUACAUCUACUCAGCACCAAUGACGUCACGCUCACUGGAAUGCGUUUCUUUUCUAUUACGCGGAAUUUUCUGUUGGCGGUGGCUGGUGCAAUUGUAACGUACGAAGUUGUGCUGCUGCAAUUUAAUGUCGCAAUGAACAAAUAA